GUGUCUAUAUAAGGGCGGCCGGGGGCAGGCCGAGAGGCGCCAUUUCGCUGGGACGAAGGACGGAGCGGGUCGGGCCCGGUGAGCGCGGGGGGCGGCCCCAAACCGGAUCCAUCCUCCGCCGGGCGGCCCAGCCCCCGCCUCCGCGCUCCCGGAGGGCUCGCCGGACCCUCCCCGGCCUCCGUAGCGACCCCUGCCUGCGGCCAGCGGCGAGGGGGCCCGCCUUCCCCCCACCCCGCUCCAGCCCUCCUCCCCUCAGGGAGCCAAGAUGGAGCCCGGCCGGUGAUUUCCCCGGUGCAAUCCGCUGUCAUCCGCCUCCCGGACCGCCGCGGCCCGCCUGAUCCCCGGCCUCCGCGGACGUAACCGGCUCUCAGCGACGCGGCGAGGCCUGUAUUGACCGGAUCGCGCAAGAUUUUGGGGCCCAGCGGGGGCUCCGAAGAGGGGGACACCCCCCCCCCCCUUUUCCCCCAACGUACCCCCCGCCCUCCAACUCCCCGCCGCCAUUUUCUCCGCGCCCGUUCAUGUGAAGGCCGGUGGAUGGUCCCGCUCCGCCGCCGCUCGCCGCCGCGCCCGGCCGGAGGAGCCGCCGCCGCCUGAGGCCCGCCCCGCCCGGCCGCGCCCUGCCCGGGGGAGGGGAGGGGGCGCCUGGCUCGUCCCCCCUCCCCGUUGCUCGGUGAUGCGCUGACGGGGGGGGGCCCCCGCCGGGCCGGUACCGCCGAACCGAUCGCCGGGCAAAGUGGGGGGGUCGUCGGAGGAGACGGCGGCGGCGGGAGGAGGAGGAGAAGGUGAAGAAGGACGGCCGGGACCGCGGGCCGGGCACGCAGCCGCCGGCAUGUUGCAGAAUGUGAAUCCCCAGAGCAAGAUUCUGGGGGAGGGCAAUGCCGGGCUCAUGGGCCUGGCGACAGAAUCGACCCCCGGCAAGCGGAUCCGCAAACCCUCGCUCCUCUACGAGGGCUUCGAGAGCCCCACCAUGGCGUCGGUGCCGGCCCUGCAGUCCCCCCAGGUGAACCCACCUCCGCCGGAGGUUUCCAACCCCAAGAAGCCGGGUCGGGUCACAAACCAGCUGCAGUAUCUGCACAAAGUGGUGAUGAAGGCUCUGUGGAAGCACCAGUUUGCUUGGCCCUUUCGCCAACCCGUCGACGCUGUCAAGCUGGGCCUGCCGGUAACGAGCCUCGCGGGCGGGUGUGGGAGAAAUUACGGCGCCCGCGACGAUUACCACAAGAUCAUCAAGCAGCCCAUGGACAUGGGGACAAUCAAGCGACGCUUGGAGAACAACUAUUACUGGGGGGCUGCGGAGUGCAUGCAGGACUUCAACACCAUGUUCACCAACUGCUACAUCUACAACAAGCCAACGGAUGACAUUGUGCUGAUGGCCCAAACCCUGGAGAAGAUCUUCCUGCAGAAGGUGGCUCAGAUGCCACCAGAAGAGCAGGAGAUCGUGGUGCCGGUGGCCAAGAACAGCCAUAAGAAGGGAGCGUCGCGGGCAGCAGCGCUCCUGGCGGGACUCACGGCUGCUCAGCAAGUGCCGGCUGUCUCUUCGGUGUCCCACACCACGGUCUACACCCCAAGCCCCGACAUCCCCACCACCAUAGUCAACAUUCCCCACCCAUCCGUGAUCUCGGCUCCGCUCCUCAAGUCGCUGCACUCCACCGCCCCGGCCGUCCUGGCUGCGCCCGCUCCCACCCAGCCCGUGGCCAAGAAAAAGGGUGUGAAGCGGAAAGCGGACACCACCACCCCCACCACCACGGCCAUCAUCGCCACCAGCGGGGAGUCCUCGCCCUCCGCCACGCUGCUGGAGGCCAAGGCGGCCAAGAUCCCCGCGCGACGGGAGAGCGGCCGCCCCAUCAAACCCCCCAAGAAAGAUUUACCGGAUUCGCAGCAGCACCAGACGUCCAAGAAGGGCAAAUUGUCGGAGCAGCUCAAGUACUGCAACGGGAUCCUCAAGGAGCUGCUCUCCAAGAAGCACGCGGCCUAUGCCUGGCCCUUCUACAAGCCUGUCGACGCCUCGGCCUUGGGGCUUCACGACUACCACGAGAUCAUCAAGCACCCCAUGGACCUCAGCACCAUUAAGCGGAAGAUGGAGAACCGGGAUUACCACGACGCGCAAGAAUUCGCCGCCGACGUCCGGUUAAUGUUCUCCAACUGUUACAAGUACAACCCGCCCGACCACGACGUGGUGGCCAUGGCCCGCAAGCUGCAGGACGUCUUCGAGUUCAGCUACGCCAAGAUGCCGGACGAGCCGCAGGACGCCAGCCCGCCCUCGGUGUCGGCCCCGCUUACCGGCGCCCUCUCCAAAUCCUCCUCCGAGGAAUCUUCCAGCGACGAGGAUGAGGACGAUGAGGACGACGAAGACGACGACGAGGACGAAAGCAGCAGCGAGAGCUCGUCCGAGAGCGAGGAGAGCUCCGACUCGGAGGAGGAACGCGCCAACCGCCUGGCCGAGCUGCAGGAGCAGCUGCGGGCCGUGCACGAGCAGCUGGCUGCCCUCUCACAGGGCCCCGUUUCCAAACCCAAAAAGAAGCGGGAAAAGAAGAAAAAGAAGAAAUCGGAGAAGCACAAAGGCCGGGGAGGCGACGAGGAGACGCGGGCGCGCCAGGCCCAGCUCCGUAAAGCCAAGAAAGCCGGAGGAGGCGGCAGCGGCGGGACCGGCGGAGGCGGCGGCUCCAAGAACUCGAAGAAAGCGGCGAAAGCCGCGUUACCGCCGCCGGCGGCGCUUUACGAUUCGGAGGAAGAGGAGGAGAGCAAACCCAUGACCUACGAUGAGAAACGCCAGCUCAGCUUGGACAUCAACAAGCUGCCGGGCGAAAAGCUGGGCCGGGUGGUGCACAUCAUCCAGUCGCGGGAGCCCUCCUUGCGCGACUCCAACCCCGAGGAGAUCGAGAUCGAUUUCGAGACCCUCAAGCCCUCGACGCUGCGAGAGCUGGAGCGCUACGUCCUCUCCUGCCUGCGGAAGAAACCCCGUAAGCCCUACAGCGAAACCAUGAAGAAACCGGUGGGGAAAACGAAAGAGGAGUUGGCGCUGGAGAAGAAGCGGGAGCUGGAGAAGCGGCUGCAGGACGUCAGCGGCCAACUCAACUCCACCAAGAAGCCCCCAAAGAAGGCCAGCGAAAAACCGGAAUCGGCUCAGCAAGUGGCCGUAUCCCGGCUGAGCGCCUCCAGUUCCAGUUCGGAUUCCAGCAGUUCCAGUUCCAGCUCCUCCUCCUCGGACACCAGCGAUUCGGAUUCGGGGUAGAGGGACGGGAACCCCACGGCGGCUGCCGGCGGCGCGGCCGGGUGGAGGGUUAGGUGUUGAGGAAGGGGGGGGGUGGGGGAGGUGCGUGGGGGGAGGGGGAGGUGAUGGCGUGGGGGAAAAGGGGGAGGGGGGCGGCAGGUUCGGAAGAGGCUCUGCGGGACCGGACCCAGGUGAACCGGACUGAGGGGGGGGGGCCUCCACCCGCAGGAGCCCCCCCCACCCCCCUGCCCGAGCCCCCACGGCCUCUCGGGGCGCAGGGGUGGAGGGGGGAACCCCGGAGUUUACAAGGCCUGAGGUGUGGCCAGGCCUCCCCCCUCCCCUCCCCCCCCCCCCAGCAGGUUUUACUGUUUGUUCUUUUAGGGGUUUGGGGUUUUUUUUUUUUCCUGACUUGGAUUUUUUUCCAAAGGGGGAAAGUUUGGGGUUUUUAAGAAAAAAAAAAAAAAAAUUUUGAAAAAAAAAACAAAACAAAACAAAACCCAAAAGAAAAAAAAAGGUGGGGGUGGGAUUUAAAAAAAGUCUUUUAAAAAGAAGGAAAAAAAAAAAAAAAAAGCCCCGGGGGGGGGGCGGCGUGUGGAGAGGCCCGAGUCUGCGUGGGGGUGGUCGGCCCUUCCCCCCACCCCCUCCCGGGGAGCCGCCGCCCCUCCCCCCCCCGUCUGUGGAGGAUUUUUAAUUUAUUUGCGCCGCGUCCUGCUGGGGGGGGGGGGGGGAGGGGGAGGGGGAUGCGCCUUGUACAGACACCCCCCACCCCCCACCCCGGCAGUGGGGGCAGGGCAGCAUGUUCCCGCGCGGGGAGGGGGGGGAGGGAGGGGCCGCCUGUUUUUUACGUUGACUGUAUAAUUUUUUUCUACUUGUUUUUUCUUUUUGUUUUGGGGUUGGUUUGUUUUUUUUCCCCCACCCCCCUCCCCACCCCCCACCUUUUCCCCCCUCUCAGAGCCGUGUUUUCAUCUUAUCGUAUGUUUCGAACCUUUCGAUUCUUUAACAUGUAAAUAAAGAAAAUAUUAUUCCGA